GGCGGGGCGUGCGGGGGCGCGCGCGUGCGCAGGCGUCGCGCGGAGGGACUAGGCAGAGCCGCGGAGUCGCCGCCAGGUCGGUUUUCUCUGCACGCUGCCCGUCGCGCCGCCAGCCCGUCCGCCGCCGCCGCCGCCGCAGCAGCCAUGGGAGUGCAGGUGGAGACCAUCUCCCCCGGAGACGGGCGCACCUUCCCGAAGCGCGGCCAGACCUGCGUGGUGCACUACACGGGGAUGCUUGAAGAUGGAAAGAAAUUCGACUCUUCCCGGGACAGAAACAAGCCCUUUAAGUUUGUGCUAGGCAAGCAGGAGGUGAUCCGAGGCUGGGAAGAAGGGGUCGCCCAGAUGAGUGUGGGUCAGAGAGCCAAGCUGACUAUCUCCCCAGACUAUGCCUACGGUGCCACUGGGCACCCAGGCAUCAUCCCACCGAAUGCCACUCUCGUCUUUGACGUGGAGCUUCUAAAACUGGAAUGACAGGAAUGGCCUCCUCCCUGCGCUCCCCAUUCUUGGAUGUGCCAUGGAAGGAUCUGGUGCCUCCAGACGCGCACGAGUGCGCACCGGGCUUUUGCUGGCGUCGUACUCGGCUCUGUGUAAACAUCUUCCCUGACCGAGUGUGUUCUGUCACUGGCUUUGCUCUUCCCCUUUCUCCUCGUAUGUGUGUCGACCUGAACUAUAUGCCGUAAACCUCAAGUUACUCAUUUUAGUUUGUUUUGUUUUGGGGUGAAGAUUGAGUUUCCGUCUUUUGAAUCUAGAGUUCCAGUUAAGUAUUAGUCAAGUAUUAACAGCACAAGCAAUGGGUUAACUUUAGACUAGGAAUUGGGGGGGGGGGCAAGAAGUUUUAUUUUAUUUUAUUUUUUUUGGAUGAAAUUUUUAUCUAUUAUAUAUUAAACAUUCUUGCUGCUGCGCUGCAAAGCCAUAGCAGAUUUGAGGCGCUUUCGAGGGCCGAAUUAUUCUCCAAGUUGAGAGAUGUCCUCGGGUUGAAUUAAAAGCCCUCCCCAAAACGAAAGUGGGAAGAGGGAGAGCCUUUGCCUCCACUGCCCCACCCCCAUCCUCCCCGCAAACCCGCUGCCUUUUGAAAGCAGAUCGUUUUCACUGAGCUGUUGGACACUACAGGUGUCUGUCCUGGGGCCAGCAGGGACCUCUGAAGCCUUCCUCUCAGCCUGGCCUUUUUUUCUUUUUCCUUUUUUUUUUUAAUCCUGUGGUUUUUCUAAUGGAUAUUCAGGACUUUUAUAAUCUCAUAGCUAUCCAAGCUCCACUUCCUAAAUUUUAAGAACUUUAAUCGAACGUUUAAAUUGAAGGUGCUGUUUGUAGACACUUAACACCCAUGAAAGCCCAGCCAUCGUGACAAAUCCUUGAGUGUUGUCUUAAGAAAAUGAUGCUGGUCAUCACAGCUUCAGCAUCUCCUGGUUUUUGAUGCUCAGCUCCCCCUGCUGAUCUCAGAGUUUUCCUGGCUUCUCCUUCCCCCUCUCACCCCUUUGCUGUCCCGUGUAGUGACUUGGUGAGAGAAAUUGCUGCCUACUCCCCCACCCCCUGCACUACAUAUGAGUUUCAAGUUUUAUUAUUGCAAUAAAAGUGCUUUAUGCUGGCUUUUCUCA